UUUUCGACCCAAAACCUUCAUUAGACCCCUGAUAACCCCACAGAUUACCCAGUCAAUUUCCCUUUUCUGUUAAUAAUUCUUGAAUUUGGACUUAAACCCAAGAAUUCUCUGCCGACAUUGCACAUUGCAUCCCUCUCCAAAGUCCAGUGGAUUUCUUGAUUUGCAGAAGCCAAGCAUGGACUGUCUAGAGAUGACAAAGUUGAGGAGCAACUUCAGUAAUGAUAACCAAAUAAAGCCUCACGAAGGUCCUGCAAAAGACACCAUUUUCAGGAGUCUAGAAGCAAGAUGCUCUGAGAAUCCAAUCAAAGUAUUUGGGAUUUUCGUCGGUUGCUUCAUGGGAUUCUUUGUUAUGUUCUCAGUAUUGAAGAAUCCUUCAUCUUCUGAAGCCAGGCUUCUUGAUUCCAGACCUUUUGGAAAAGGUGAUGCUGUGGUUGAUAUUCCGAAACAGAAUAUAGUUAAAAGAGACAAUUUUCCCGAGCCUGUUGAGAAACCACAGGAUAAGCUUCUUGGUGGUCUUCUACCUGCAGGAUUGGAUGAAAAAUCAUGUUUAAGUAGGUAUCAAUCGGUCUUGUACCGCAAGCAACAAAGUGGCCGGCCUUCUUCCCAUCUUAUCUCUAGAUUACGCGGAUAUGAAGCCUUGCAUAAACGAUGUGGACCAUUCACAGAUUCCUACAACAGAACUUUGGAAUAUCUCAAGUCAAGCAGCCAUGGUGAAGACACCAAUUCCACAGGUUGCAAGUACAUUGUCUGGAUUCAGCCAAUCCAAGGUUUAGGAAACAGAAUACUUAGUUUGGCAUCUGCUUUUCUUUAUGCUCUGCUAACAGAUAGAGUCCUACUUGUUGAUCCUGGUGGCUACAUACCUGAUCUUUUUUGUGAACCAUUUCCUGGGGUUUCCUGGUUGCUUCCCUCUGAUUUCCCAAUUGCAGAAAAGUUCAAUAGCUUUGACAAAAAAUCUCCUGAAAGCUAUGGUAAUUUGCUGAAAACCAAUGUUCUCCACAAUUCAACUUUGUAUUCACUGCCACCAUUUAUCUAUCUCCAUCUACUUCAUGACUAUGAUAAAGGUGACAUGCUUUUCUUCUGUGAUCAAGAUCAAGCUAUUCUCAAAGAAGUACCUUGGAUGAUUUUGAAGUCAAAUAACUAUUUUAUCCCAUCUCUCUUUUUGAUCCCAUCUUUUGAGCAAGAACUGAAUGAUCUCUUUCCUGAGAAAGGAGCUGUAUUCCAUUACUUAGGCCAGUAUCUCUUUCAUCCAACAAACUCUGUCUGGGGGCUAAUUACCAGGUAUUACAACACUUACUUAGCCAAAGCAGAUGAAAAGAUAGGCAUCCAGAUAAGAGUCCUCGAAACAGAAACUGGUCCUUUUAAGUAUGUUCUGGAUCAAGUUUUGGCUUGUGUAAUGAAGGAGAAUCUACUGCCACGAGUCAAUGAGAAAGAAGAUCUAAUGGUUCCAUAUGGGAGACCUAAUAAAACUAGAGCUGUCUUGAUGACAUCUUUAAACUCUGGAUAUUUUGAGGCAAUAAGAGAUAUGUAUUGGGAACAUCCAACUAUCACAGGAGAAGUGAUUGAAGUAUACCAGCCAAGCAAUGAAGAGUACCAACAUACUGAGAAUCAGAUGCACAACAUGAAAGCAUGGGCUGAAAUUUAUCUUCUGAGCUUGACAGAUAAGUUGGUCACAAGCGCAUGGUCAACUUUUGGUUAUGUUGCCCAAAGUCUUGGAGGUCUGAAGCCAUGGAUACUUUAUAUGCCUGAGAAUCGUACAGCACCAGAUCCACCGUGUCAACAUGCUUUGUCAAUGGAACCAUGUUUCCAUGCCCCUCCAACUUAUGACUGCAAAGAGAAGGGAGGGAUUGACACCAGUAAACUUUCCCCUCAUGUCCAGCAUUGUGAAGAUAGGAGCUGGGGUCUUAAACUUGUUGAUGGAGACAAUCGUUUGUGACCAUUGCAUUCGUUUUUGUUCCUAUACAAUCAGACUUUAUUUGAUCUUGAUCAGUCUCAUUUGUCACUGUAAUGACUCUAGAUAUUUUCACUAGAUAUUUUCAGCAGAAAUGUAUCUGCCAUGCUUUCCAUUUCAGGAAGUUAGUUAGCAUUUCAGGUAGUUAGUUAGUCAGAUAUUUGCUACACGGCAUGCAUGCAUGCAUGAUCAUUCUGUUGAGAGGUUGGUUAGGCAUAGAAAGGAUCUAGAGGGAGAUCCUGUAUAAAUAAGUCUAAGGGGGACGUGAAGAAGGCAUGCAAUUAGAUACAACAAAUUCAAUUUCUUCCCUCUGCAUUAUCUCUAUCCCCCCCUUCCCCCCCACGUUCUUCUCCCUUCCUUUUCUUUCUGUUACUUUCCUUUACAUUUCUUAGCUGAAAUCAGUCACUACAAGUGGUAUCAGAGCUUCCGGUCCUUGGACUAGGAAGCUGAGAUCGACACAUCACAAUGGCAGGUGGAACAAGGAUGAAGACAAUGGAGGAACAACUCCGCAGGCAAGACAACAGGAUUCAAGGAAUUCUGGAAUCCAUGGCAGCAGACAAGCAAAGCAUGGAGGAUAGGUUGGAUGCAGUAAGUGUUGAGCUGAGCAAUAAGCUCGAUGCGUUCAUGGCAGCCAUUUCUCAGCAGCUCUCCAAUUUGAACCCUGGAAAUCAGGAGAAAGGAAUAUUAGGUUCUCCAGAGGUAAGUCACUCUAGGACCUCAGAAAUGGUGUGAUAGGUUGCAAUUUUACUAUUUAUUUUAGGGAAAAAUGCACUUUUCAUCCUCAAAGUUUGGGGGGUUGACCAAUUUUAUCCUCAAAGUUUAACCCCAAACACAUUCCAUCCUCAAUGUUCCGUAAUUUUGACCAAUUAAGGACGAUUGACGGGAAUUGGAGGACAGACCGUUACAACCAACGGUUUUACCCAACAAAAAAUGGGUAAAACCGAAUGGAGCUAACUUUAAAGGAACAAAAUGCAACGGACGGAGCUCCAUUGUCGUCCUUUUUCCCUCUGCCUUUCAACCCCAAAAUUUUCUUGCCAAUCUUUGCAGCUUUAAACAUUCAUCCUCAGAGCAUCUGGCAGUGGAGCUCCCUGUGCUCUCAUUUUUGCUUAAAUGAGGAGCAAAAGUUCUGAAGUCUCCAGUGGUUCAUCAACUCCAUUCUGCAAGUGUGGGUUAAGAACAAAAAUGAGCACCUAUUGGCGCUGCGAGAAUCCGAGAAGAAGAUUCCUUGGUUGCUCUCUGUGGCCGGUAAGAAAUAUUUGUCUAAAAAUGUUGGUCCUUCAAUGUGUUAAUUUAGCUAACUAAUUUCUGAGAAAUGUCAUUAUUGUUAUGGUAGAGACCCGAGAGAUGCAGGUACUUUGAAUGGGUUGAUGAGCCAAUUUGUCCAAGAGGGAGAGUUCUAAUUCCUGGUUUGCUGAAAAAGACUAACAAAAUGGAAGAACAAGUUGAAAUAAUGUGUAAGAGGGAGAAAUUUUUUAUUAUAAUAAUUAUGCUUUUGGUGGUUUUGCUAGUAAUGAGUUGGAGCAGUAAAGGCGACGGAAAAGUAAAGGGAGGCAAGUGGCUGCUAACACUGGAGUGAUUUUGGUAAAAUUGCAGAAGGAAGAACAUUUUGAAGCUGGCUGUGUUUGUUGUUGGAACGGGAGUUGCAUUUUCCCCUAUGAAGUAAUAUCCAAUUGCAGGGUAUAGAAAGGGACUUAUUUUGUUUGUACAAAGGUUCCAAAUGAACUCUGCAAUUUAUGUAAAAGGUGGGAUUUAGGAAGGGAAAUGUAUUUGGCAACAAUGCAAUUUAUGAACUCUGUAAUUUAUUUUGUUUGUAAAGCUAUGCGUUGAGUGUAAGAAAAUGGUCCUUGUCAAA